GGUGUGGGCCUUCAGCCUUUCUCCUGAACACAGAGCUUGCUUCUGUCCAGAACCCAGUCCCUGCUGUGUGAUGUUGUAUGCUUUUCAGUUACGCCUGAUAGUGUAGUCAGUUUGCUGAAAUACUUCCAAUGGCUCUGCAUGCUUUCUGCUAAACCCAUUGUUAUGUUCCCCAGCUUGGCACUGCACAUGUCUGGCUGGCAAUGUCCCAAAGGCCCCUAAAAUCUCUCUCUCCUUUCCCCACAUGGAUGAUGCAAACCUGGGAGGAGUGGCUGAUGCACCAGAGGGCUGUGCUGCCAUUCAGAGGGAGCUCGACAGCCUGGAGAAAUGGGCAGAGGGGAACCUCAUGAAGCUCAAGAUAGGGAAGUGCAGAGUCCUGCACCUAGGGAGGAAUAACACCAUGCACUAGUACAGGCUGGGGGCUGACCUGCUGGAAAGCAGCUCUUUGGACAAAGACCCGCAAGGACAACAAGCUGAUGGACAAAAAGUUGACCAAGAGCCAGCCAAGUAUCUGAAGGGAGGGUGCAAAGAGGAUGGGGCCAGACUCUUGUCAGUGGUGCCCGGUGAUAGAAGAGAGGCAACGGGCACAGACUGAUGCAUGGGAAGCUCCAUCUGACCAGAAGGAAAAACUUCUUUCCUGUGAGGGUGACAGAGCCCUGGGACAGGUUGCCCAGAGAGGUUGUGUUCCUCCUUGGAGACAUUCCAAAGCUGUGUGGAUAGGGUGCUGGGCAAGGUGCUCUAGGUGACCCUGUCACCUAGGCAAGGCGGUUGGACUAGAUGAUCUGCAGAGGUGCCUUCCAACCUCCACCAUUCUGUGAUUCUGUGACCAGACCCCCAUGGGGGCCCGAGGGCAAGCAGAGGUGCCCGGCAGAGCACCUUUCCCAGGGUGGCGGGUCACAGCAGGGCCCUUUGUGACCCCUGUGACACCCCAUGGUGUUGCUGGGUGCCAGCACAGCGUUGGCAACGCAGUGUCCGGGAGGACAGCAACGGGACAGGAGGGAGCACACAGGGCUGGCCAAGGAGCCCCCGCCAAGUGCACCCACAUCUUUCCCUGCUGCCCCUGGCAGCCCCGCAGUGCGGAGGCGUUUUUCCUGAGGCCUUCCCGGCUUGGACUCGGGAUGGAGGAGAGACCCCCCAGGCACCCCGGGGUGGCCUGGGAGGAGGAAGAGGAGGAUGGCUUCCUCACUUGCCCUAAGGUGGCCUGGCAGAAGAAGGAGGAUGGACCCUCCAGGCACCCCAGGGUGGCCUGGGAGAAGAAGCAUGGACCCCCCAGGAACCCAAGGGUGGCCUGGGAGAAGAAGGAGGAUGGACCUCCCAGGCACCCCAGGGUGGCCUGGGAGAAGAAGGAGGAUGGACCCCCCAGGCAUCCGAGGGUGGCCUGGGGGGAGAAGGAGGAGGAUGGACCCCCCAGGCAUCUGAGGGUGGCCUGGGAGAAGAAGGAGGAUCAACCCCCCACGCACCCAAGGGUGGCCUGUGAGGAGCAGAAGGGGCAGGGACCCCCCAGUCACCCAGGGAUGGCCUGGGAGGAGAAGGAGGAUGGACCUCCCAGCCACCAGAAGGAGGAAGGAGAGAAGGAAGGAUCCCUCAGCCACCCCACGGUGGCCUGGGCGGAGGAGAAAGAGGAGAAGGAAGGACCCCCCAGCCAGCCCACGGGGACCUGGCAAGAGGAGGAGCAGGAGGAUGGCCCCCCCAGCUGCACCACAGUGACCCGGGAGGAGGAGGAUGGAGGCCCUCCAGAGAGCAGCUCCCAGCUGGAGCAGUGCGUGCCCCAGCCCUUGCCGACAGGGUCGACUCCGCCAGGAGAGGAGGAGGAAGCCCUGGCACGCAUGCAUGCCUUUUUCAGACACAGAGGAAAGCUAAUGGAAGAGGCCCAGAAGCUGUUGUUUCUGGCCUCCAUCUGCACCCUCUGCAGAGUGGCCAGCACCGAUGCCUUGGUGUGGGACAAGCUUUUCCUCUGCAAAGUGGAUCUGGCAAAGACAAUUGAGGUGCUGUUGCAAGAGGAGCCCACGGACCACCUGUGCACGGCAGUGCGGCAGCAAGCCAUGCUCACCAUCGCUGCAAUGAGCAAAGUGAAGCUUGUGCUGGAGGACAACCAGAAGAACAGCCUCCUCCACUCCUGCUUCUGCAGUGUCUUCUACCUUCCUCUGACAGAGGACAUGCAGAGCCUGCAGACUUCCCUCUUCUCCAAGACCCUGGCUGCCAUGGACAGCAUGCUGCAGAUGCUGGUGCUCACAUCUCCCACCUCCGCUCUCCUGGAGCUGCAGAGCAUCCUGCAGGUCCUGCUGCCCUUCACCCAGACCAAGCGAGCAGCCGUGCGUGAGAGGGCCGUGGGGCGGCUUGCCAAGCUGAGUCAGCUCCUGGUCACGUCUUCCUUGCUGAAGGUCUGCUGCCACUUUGAAAGAAGCAGUGACGGCCCUGACCUCUGCAGAAGGAAGCAUUUCUCAGUCCUGGGCCAGCUGGUGGGGUGUCUCACCCUCUGCUGUGCCUAUGAGGACCAAGGAACCAGGCAUGGAGCUGCAGAUGCUCUUCAUCACCUGUACGCAUUCAUCCUGCAGCGAGAAAGCAUGCAGCUGUCACAGGAUAGCCCAAAGCAUCUACAGCUCCAAGAGGCCUGGCAAGAUGCAAACACCUGCCUUGCACCAUCCAAGAGCGUCAGCGAAAUCACCACGACGUUUUCAAAAUGCCUCCAGCCCUCCGAGAGGACAGACAUCAUCCUCACGGCCAUCAGGGGCAUGAGAUCCUUCAGUGCCUAUGACACGCAGGCAGCCGCUCACAUGUUGGAUGUGCUGGUGACGGAUGACGCCUCCCAGCUGGAGCAGGUGCCCGAGAUCGUGAGAUGCGUCUGCCGAAGCCUGGUGUCCAUCCCAGAGGUGUCUGCCCGGCACAGCCUGAACAGAGCUCUUCUUGCGCUGACCUGCGCGUACCCUGAUGAGGUGGUCAUGAGCCUGUUGCACUGUUCGCCAUCAUGCAACAGCGCUGCCAAGGCCAUGUGGAGGGUGAUGGUCUCGGAGGCCGGGGCUGCAGAGAAGGUGCUGCGGGAGCUGCUCAGUGUGCUGGAGGACUGGGCACCGUGCAAGACAUCCAUCUCCGACGGGGACCACACGGGCAUCCUUUCCUUGGCUGCAAGCAGGGUGCUGCAUGCGAUUCUCCGUCAGCCCAUCUGCCCCCCAGAGGUGCAGCUGUUUUUCCCCCAGCUCCUCCUGGCACUGCUCUUCCAGAUUUCCUUUGCCUUAGAGAUGGUGCCGGAGGAGGUUGCUAUCUUCUGGGGGGAAUGCCAGCAGGAUUGGUGUGCUCCCUCCAGCCCCAUCAGGUGCACAGUGGAGGCCCUGAAAGCACUGCUCUGCAGUGCUAGCUAUGAGAGUCGGGUGCUUGCCAUGGAGAGGAAGGGUGCCUGGGACAUGCUCCUCACUGCGGAGACCCACCACAGGGGAGUGGCUGUGUUGGCCAGAGAGAUGACGAAGGCCCCGCGUCCCCAGCGUGCCUGGAUCUUCCACCAGCUGGCAGCGCUGCUCAGCAGGGAGGAGCCCUCCCACGAGAUCCCUGCCAUGGCUUUCCUCGUCGAGCUGCUGGUCUGUGCUGACCUGAGUGGAGAGGACAAGCGUGUGCUGAAGCUCUUCCAGAGACACCUGCAAAGCCAGAGCACGGUGAUGCGUGGGCUGGUGUUGAGAGGCCUCCUCAUGCUGUGCAAGAGACCUGAGAUGGCAAGGAAAGUGCAGGCCCUGUUGCCAGUCAUCAUGGAGUGCCUGCAAGAUGCGGACAGGGACACCUGCACAAAGGCCCUUGUUGGGCUCAACAACAUGCUGCAUCUCCUGGACGAUGGGCAGAGGGCCAGCCCCAUCACUCUGCAGCUGGCUCAGAAGCUCCUGCCACUCCUGGAUGACGAGUCCAGCUGCGUGCGAAAGCUCUCCAUCCAACUCCUCAAAGAUGUGAUGGAGAUGGUAGUGGGCACCGCAAGACAGCAGAUGGAGCAGCAAGUGCAGAGGAGCCUGCUCCCGCUGUUCUUCCACUUGCACGACCAGGUCCAGAGUGUUGCCCAGGCCUCUCAGGAAGCCCUUGUUGAGGCUGCAAAGUUCCUGAAAUGGGAGCAGCUCAGGUACCUGACGGAGACAUCACAGACAUGGAGGAUCGGCGAGUGCCUGCUGGCGAGGAACAGGAGCAGAGCGGGGGAAUACCUGUGCCAGAGCCUGCUCUACUUGGAGAGCCCACAGAAGCCCUUGCAAGAGGCAGCUGUGAGGUUUCUUGGGCUCGUCGGGCAGCACUUGAGGGACCAGGGCGAGGAGAAGCUGCAGGAUAUCUACAAGGCCUUUCAGCCCUUGCAGCAGAGAACCAGGUCCUCAAUCCGUUCCCUGGUGGUCCAAACCAUCCUGAUCCAGAGAGCUCCAAGGACAAAGUCUCCAUCCAGAGCCAACCGAGGAACCCUGCCCUCCCGCAUCAGAAGCCUGUGGGAGAGGUGGCAGCGUGCUCUGGCAGGCAGCUGCAUUUGCUGCUGGAGCUCUGCUCCGUCCACAGGGGCCACCUGAGCGUGCUGGGAAGUCUGGGAGGUUCCUGGCCUCUCUGCCCCAGGGGCCUGGGCUUGUGCUGCCGCUUUGCCCUCUGCUGCCCUUUUCCCAAAGAAGCAGUGCUGUCUCUUCACCACGUGUGGCUGUCUUGUCUCUGUGGGAACUAAAUGGCAGAAAACUCUGGCCCUGAAGGAAUCAGGACCAUCCUGCGAGGGGUAGGACACGCACUCUUUCCAGCAGUCUGUGGCAGCGCAGAACAGACCCACACACUGUGUCUUUGCCACAAAGUGCCAGCUACCCUGCAUGGGGUGCGAAACCAAGAGGAAAGGAGAAGACAAGCUUUCGCCUACCCUGCUCUCUGCAGAGACGGGGGCUAGGGCAAGAGCAGGCCCCCGCGCUGCGCAGGGCUUCCCCAUGCCAUGGAAGGGGUGGCUGGGGACUGGGGUGCAGCUCUAGACCUUUUCUAGCACCACGGCCUACAGUCCCCAGCAGCCCCCCAGGGCCCAGCCGCGCGGCGGGUGGACAAGGGCCGACGCAGCCCUUGGGGGCCGCCCUCGCCUCCACACGCAGCCCUCAGGGGCUGCCGUCCCUGGGGCCGGGCCGGGGCUGGGGGUCCCCGCCAGGGCAGCGUGGUGGGGCCCGAGCACGGCAGAACCCCCCGGCAGAGGGGACGGCUGGGGGCAGGGGGAGGCAGGCGCAGGGCGCCCCGCUGCGGCCUCGGCCCCCAAGGGCAGCCAGCCCCCCUCCGGCUGCGGGCCCCAGUCCCGGCUGGCCCUGGCUCCUGCCCCGGCUCCCCGAAGCAGCCCCAGCCCCUCCCCGGCUGCCCACAACGGUCCCGGCCCCACCACGGCCCCGCCCCAGCUUCCCCCAACGACUCUGGCCCCACCCCAGCUCCCCACAACGGCCCCAGCCCCGCCCCGGCUCUCCACAACGACUCCGGCCCCACCACGGCCUCGCCCCGGCUCUCCACAACGACUCCGGCCCCACCCAGGCGUCUCGCAGCGUCUCUGGCCCCGCCCCGGCUCCCCACAACGGCCCCAGCGCUGCCCCGGCUCUCCACAGCGGCCCCCGGAGCCCCCGGCCCCGCGCCGACAGGCCCCAGCAGGGCCCCGAGGCUUUUUUUAAUUACUUUUAAUUACUUUCUAUUCACAUUUAAAUUUUCAUUAUUCAUUCCAUUAGCUCUUAUUAAAGAAUGUUUUAUCCAUUUUAAACCUAGGCUUUUGAAUAUAUAUGCUUAAUUUAUUUAGUCUUAUCAAUGUGUAUAUAUGUGCUUUGCAUGUACACAUACCUAAAUAUAUAUAUAGUAUAGUGCAUGUAUGAAUGAAUAAAAUAUGUUUUUGCAUGUU